GUGUGUGUUAAGAUGUAUACGGUCAUUUCCGGUGAGGUAGCGAUACAGUCGUUUCCGGGAACAUGGAGGAGGUUGUGACAGACACAGUUACGCCAGAGGAUCUGAAGAAAUUUGAAAAGAAAUAUAAUGCAGAAUUGGCGAAAGGACCUGUUUCCAAGGAAACUAAGUUUGAGUACGCGUGGUGUUUGAUCCGAAGUAAAUUCUCUAAUGAUAUCAACAAAGGAAUUCAGAUGCUUGAGGAGCUUGUUACCAAGAGUGCAAAGGAUGACCAAAGGGACUUCUUGUUCUAUCUCUCUGUUGCAAACUACAGACUCAAGGAGUAUGAGAGGGCCCUGAAGUACAUCCGCACUCUGCUGAAAAGUGAGCCAGGAAACAACCAGGCCAUGGAGCUGAAGAAGCUUAUCGAUCAGGCCUUGAAGAAAGAUGGUUUGGUCGGCAUGGCAAUUGUAGGCGGGAUUGGCCUCGGUGUGGCUGGAUUGGCGGGCCUAAUUGGCCUGGCUGUAGCAAAAGGGGCCAAAUCAUGAGCGGAGAGAAGGGACCAGUCGGACCCAAUGACUGCCAGCUCAUGAAGGAGUCACGCCUCUGCUUUCUUAAUAACCUUCCUCUUGCCCAACACCGAUCACAGCAUUCAACAGAGCUGACCAAGAGUGACCUGACAUCACAACAGGAUAAUGCCAAGAUGCCCAGCCUCUAAAAAGGACGUGUGCAUUGUGUGAAUAAUUUACUGAAUGCUCACAAGUUUUAUCUGAUCCUUAAUCUCAGGAUUUUCUUCAUUCUCAUUAUUGACACUAGCUAUUUUCACUCACUUAUACAGGUUGUUCUAAUUUUCACACAUCCCUUUUUUUCUCUAAAUAAUUUUUUCCUAUUCUUUGUUUCUUUUCUAUUUAUUUGUUCACAUGCAAGAUUAGGGAACCAUAAUUUUAUAUAACUAAGAGGCAUAGAUGUAAGAUACAGCUCAUGAGAGUAAGUGGUGGCCAGUGAGAACUUAACCAUACAGCUUAUGAAAGUAAAGCACCUUAUCAUUCAGUUAUGAGUUUGUGUUUGGUAUGUUAAUCCACUCGGAUAUCUUAUUUGUGAAUAUCUUUGAUUUGUGGUGAAGCCAUAAUUCAUUAAAAACGAACUACAGCUUGUU